AUGGCAACGGACAGCACGUCUUCUCCCCAGGCCCUCGGCGCAUUGACCACAACGCGCAACGAUGUCAACCUCACUAGACGCGAACGCAAGAGGGCAAGCGAUCGUAUGUCACAGCAGGCAUCCCGCGCAAAGACAAAAGCAUACAUCGCGCAUCUCGAGAGGAGUGUCGCAAGACUCACAGAGGCCCAAAGUAAUAACGGGCCGAACCUUUCUGAACAACUACGACAGCAGUUCGACGAAAUCGCUAGUUUGAAACAGGCUUUGGCGCAAAUCGCUAAGCUUGCAACCAACUCCAUCUCAAAAAAUCAUCCUGAUGAGGACAUUGAAGAUCACAUUCACUCUACGUCACGUCCGAGUAACGUGCAGGGCUCCAGACACGUCCCAGAUGCAUAUAAUCCAGCAUGCCACCCGCAUCAAGAGUCACUCCACCGUCUAUACCCAUCGCUCGAUCUCAACUGCGGCGAUAAACAGCGCGAUUAUUUCCAAGCUUUCAGCCAGGCGCUCGUCGCUAUCGAGAGCGAUGCGAGCGGGCACGUUUUCUCGGGCCCCGAAGUCGACGACGACAUCAAUAUCAGGGCGGUGCUGGACGGCUGGGAUGCUGCGAGGGCGAGGAACCCGUUCGAUAUUGGCUGGCUGAUGUUGCAGACUGUCGAUGAGGGGUUUCUCUGGCGUAGCGGGGCAGUGGAAAGGAUGGCGAUGCUCCGGGUGAUCCGGUCGAUGCUCAUGGUACUGGCCCAUCUAAAGAAUAGCGUAGAAUUGAAUGCUAAGAAGAGAAACAGGCCCGAAGUACGCGAUUACCUCAUCCUUUUCGGCAUCAACUACGCGCCCGAGAGUCUCGCUGCUCAAUUCGCUAGCGAUAUUGGAUUCAGAUGGGCAUAUGACCUGAGAGAUACAUGCAGGUAUCAGCCCGCGAAGGGGAUAUAUAGUUUCUCCGAGGACUUCAAUCUAGCGUACAGGAACCUGGACUCGUGGUAUAUGAAGUCUACAGUGGUAACGACCUACAUACCGCCGUUGCCUUCUAACCUAUUGUAUGCGGGGUCAGAUGAUGAUGACUGGCUGAAAGAAAUAACGAGUGAUGCUCAAGUAUCUCCAGAAUCUGCUCGUCAUAUCGAGGAAGAAGGAGAGCGAGACUGGCUACUGUUGACGGCGAUGCUUGACGAAAUUCCUAAAUAG